AUGCCCGCGGACUAUGAGUCCACGGCACGGGCAUUGGCGCUGUCUACCUCGCCGCCCGAGCCGUUACUCGAAUCCCCUGGCAGUGAUGGUCAGUCGCCGGUCUGGAAUCGCUCGGGUAGGCGGGACUCCGCCAGGUCUGCCCGUCCGGCAACCACCAUGCGCGACAGACUCGUCGACCGCGGCAAAGACAUAUAUCGAAAGGCGCUUGCCCGAUGGGAGGGUAUGACCUUGUGGCAGAAGAUUGGGUUCUAUGCUGCCUCUAUCUUGACGGGUGCUGUGGGCAUCGCGUUCCUGGUCUUGUCGGCCAAGGUGUUCAUUUGGAUUGGCCCCGUCGCUGAAAAGUGGGAGCGCUCUCCACUGGUCGCAUUCGUAUUAUGGCUCUGUGUAUUCUUCGUCUCAUUUCCGCCGCUGGUAGGAUGGUCGACCUUUGGAACCGUGGCGGGCUUCAUUUUUGGCGUGUGGAAGGGAUGGUUGAUCUAUGCCACCGCAACUAUCCUCGGCUCUACUGCCUCAUUCUAUGUUUCGCGAACGGUGCUAUCGGGGUUUGUCAAGCGUCUGAUGGAACACGACAAACGGUUCGCCGCGCUUUCACUCACUUUGAAGUAUGACGGGUUGAAACUCCUCUGCAUGAUCCGUCUCUGUCCAUUGCCCUACUCCAUAUGCAACGGCGCCGUCUCUACAUUCCCUACAGUUCAGCCCUUGAUGUACGGGCUGGCGACCGCGAUCAUCUCCCCUAAGCUAUUGGUCCCUGCGUUCAUUGGCAGCCGAGUGCGGCUUCUAUCUGAAAAGGGCGAGGAGAUGAGCGCAGGAUCCAAGGCUGUGAAUAUCAUUAGUAUUCUUGUGACUGUCAGUGUUGGAGUCGGUACCGGGUGGUAUAUUUAUCAAAGGACCUUGGCUCGUGCGAAAGAACUCGAAGCCAAGGAGCGCGCCAAUAUCCGGGAAUCUCUCCAAGCCGAUCAUGCAGCCCACCGGCCUCAUGGCAGAUUCUCCGAAGAUUAUGACGAGAACGAGGCUGCGACGAUGUUAGCCCGGGAUGAAGAGGAGCGUAUUGGGUUCGACGACCUGGAUGACGAUAAUGUCGACCUUGAACUCGGAGACGAAGAAAGCGACAGCGACCGCUCCGAGCGAUGGAAGAAGAAGAACCGGAGAUCCUACCAUGAUGAAUUCACGGAUAAUGACUCGGAUGAUUACCCUGGCGAGGAUGAGACAUACGGGCUACAUAGCCAUGUUGGGCGAGAGGCCUAA